AUGAGAUGUUUUUAUUUCAUAAUAAUUGCAAUGUUAUACAUUCUAAUUGUUAUUACCAACAUAUCUCUGAUUGUGGUUAUCUGUAUGAACAGAAGCUUACAUGAACCUAUGUACCUUUUUCUGUGCAGCCUGUUUGUAAAUGAACUGUAUGGUAGUACAGGGUUGUUUCCAUUCCUUCUGGUUCAGAUCCUCUCUGACAUUCACACUGUUUCUGCUCCCUUCUGUUUCCUGCAGAUUUUCUGUUUGUAUACUUAUGCAAAUGUAGAGUUUUGUAACUUAGCCGCCAUGGCUUAUGACAGAUACCUUGCUAUCUGUUAUCCUCUACAAUAUAACACUUGUAUGACAACUAACAAGGUGUUCACCUUUAUUGUGGUAAUACUUAAAUGCUUAAUUACUUUAUCCUUAAACAUCCGUUUGACAAUGUGUGGAAACGUCAUAAACAGUUUGGUUUGCAGAAACUACCUAUUGGCGUGCUCUGACAUUCAAGUGAAUAACAUCAAUGGAUUGAUUUGUGUUGUUCUCUCCAUUUUUGUCCCUCUGCUUCCAAUCCUUUUCUCUUAUAUGAAAAUCCUCAAACUUUGUUUUGCUGGUUCCAAACAGACCAGACAAAAAGCUGUCAGCACCUGCACACCUCACCUCGCUUCCCUCCUAAACUUUUCCUUUGGGUGUUUAUUUGAAAUACUUCAGAGUAGAUUUGAUAUGACUAGUGUACCCAGUGUGCUGCUUAUCAUUCUGUCACUGUAUUUUGUCAUCAUACAGCCACUUUUGAAUCCUGUCAUGUAUGGAUUGCAAAUGUCAAUACAUGUAAAAAAAUCUCUUCUGUUGUAA